CUGACAGAAUUGCUUGUAAUUAAUCUUGUGCGUCUCGUUUGCACUGAUGUGAUGAGAUUUAAAUGGAAUCCGACCCUACCUCAGACCAAGAUUAGCAAGAAUGAAGCACCACCAUAUCUUCCAGCCCCACAAACACGGCAUGUUCACGAAGAUAUUUGAAAGAGUAAUGAAAAUUAGGUGUGUGCAUUUUCCACGGAGGCAAGACUUUUGACUUCCCAAGUCAAUGGAUUCCCUCGUUUCCUCUAAAUACUUCUUCUUCAUUCAGAUUCUGCGUAACAAUUUUCCAUUUAGAGUUCAUUAGAACCAAAGCCUGCUCCUGCAAUCAAAGAUAUGGCACUCUUUUUGAUCAAACAAUCAUCUUUGUCCUUCCGAGUCUUGUUCUUCUUCACCCUCCUGCUGCUUUCUUCUUCCCAUGUCUUCGUUUCUGUCUCUGUUUCAAAUUCUUCAAUUCCUAGAGGUGAAUCAACAAGAGAGAAGGAAGCUAAUGCUCUUCUUAAGUGGAAGGCUAGUCUUGAUCAUCAAAGUCAGUCUGUCCUGUCUUCUUGGCUUGGAAAUGACACUUGCUACUGGAUUGGGAUCAUUUGUGACAAGUCUGGACGGGUCAGCCACUUGAACCUUUCAAAUUCCGGUUUAAUAGGUACACUUCAUGAUUUUAGCUUCUCUUCUGUUCCCAAAAUGGGUCAGUGCCACAAUCUGACAAGCCUAAAGCUCUCAAACAAUAAUAUCUCCGGUCAGAUGCCCUCGGAGCUUGCAAAGGCAACUAAGCUACAAGUAUGUGACCUUUCUUCAAAUAAUCUAGCUGGGGAGAUUCCAAAAGAACUGGGAGAGUUACAAUUGUUGUUCAACCUUAUGCUGAAUGAUAAUCAUCUUUCAGGCAGUAUUCCUCCAGAAAUCGGAAUGCUAUCUGAUCUUAUGAAUCUUAACUUGGCAGCGAACAACCUGAACGGCUCCAUCCCAAGACAAUGGAGCAUUUGUGAGAAACUCACAGAACUGAAUUUGAGCAGCAAUGGAUUGAGUGGAGAAAUUCCGUCAGAGCUUGGAAGCUUGUCCUUUCUUGAAAUUCUUGAUCUCAGUCAGAAUUCGCUAAUAAGAAAAAUACCGGCGCAAGUUGGGAACUUGAAAACUUUGGAAAAGCUGAACCUCUCUCACAACAAGCUCUUGGGUUUUAUUCCAUCAACUUUUGCUGAUAUGCUAAGCUUGACAUCUGUGGAUUUAUCUUACAAUCAGUUGGAGGGUCCUCUUCCAAACAAUAAGGCCUUUCAUGAGGCUUCAUUUGAGGCUUUAAGAAACAACAAAGGUUUGGGCGGAAAUAUCACAGGUUUGGAACCAUGUCCUUCAAAUGUAACUCACAGUCCUGCCCACAAAAGGACUAAGAAAAUGGUGAUUGCAAUUGUGGUCUCUGUUUUAUGCUCACUACUUCUUGUGUUUGUGGUCUUUGGGAUUCUUUCUUGUACCAAACAAAGAGAGAGAAAUGCUGAGAACACGUCCAGGAUAGUAGAAAGUCAGAAUCUAUUUGCAAUUUGCAACCAUGGCGGGAAAAGGAUGUACGAAAACAUAGUUGAAGCAACUGAAGAAUUUGACUCCAAAUAUUGCAUUGGUGGAGGAUAUGGAAGCGUUUACAAAGCUCAAUUGUCGAGUGGUCAAAUAGUCGCUGUGAAAAGACUUCACCCACUUACGGAAGGUGGGGCGGCAGACCAAAAGGCUUUUCAUAGUGAGAUUCGUGCCUUGACUGAAAUACGCCAUCGCAAUGUUGUGAAACUUUAUGGUUCUGCUCUCAUCCCCGACACUCAAUUCUCGUAUACGAUGGCUAAUGCUGUGUCCUACAUGCACCAUGACUGCUGUCCUCUUAUAGUCCAUUGUGACAUUUCAAGCAAGAAUAUUCUGCUAGAUUCAGAAUAUGAGGCUCAUGUAGCAGACUUUGGUGCUGCCAGGCUUCUAAAGCCCGGCUCAUCCAGUUGUACCUCGUUUCAAGGCACAUUUGGUUAUUCGGCUCCAGAACUUGCUUACACCAUGAAAGUGAAUGAAAAGUGCGAUGUCUUCAGCUUCGGAGUCGUGGCAUUGGAGACACUCAUGGGAAGGCAUCCUGGGGAUCUCAUAUCUUCCCUGUCACAUUAUUUUCUUCCUCCUCGCCAUCAUGCUCAUCAUCAGCAACCGUCAAUCAUUUACUGCUGAAAGAUCUGUUGGACCAGCGUCUCCCACCUCCAAGGAAACAAGUAGCAGCAAAACUGGUCUCAAUUGUAAGACUAGCAUCGACAUGCUUACAUGCCAGUCCACAAUCUCGACCAAGUAUUGAACAAGUUUCUCAGAAGCUGUCA